AUGUUCCAGACCAACACUGAGUAUGACCGAGGCGUGAAUACGUUCUCGCCUGAGGGGCGACUUUUCCAAGUCGAGUACGCCAUCGAGGCCAUUAAAAUGGGCACUACCGCUAUUGGUAUCCGCUCCAAGGAGGGGGUCGUGCUUGCUGUGGAGAAGCGACUGACGUCGCCUCUACUGGAGCCGAGCAGUAUUGAAAAGAUCAUGGAAGUGGACCGUCACGUGGGUGCCGCCAUGAGCGGUAUCACUGCUGACGCACAGACGCUGAUCGACCACGCACGUGUUGAAGCCACGAACCACUGGUUCUCGUACAAUGAGCCUGUGCGGGUGCAAGCCCUGACGCAGUCCAUUUGUGACUUGGCCUUGAGCUUCGGCGAAGGCUCGGACGAGAACAACCACAAACAGAAGAUGAGCCGUCCGUUUGGUGUGGCACUACUGCUCGCUGGCGUGGAUGAGUCGGGCCCGCAGCUUUUCUUCUCGGAACCUUCCGGCACGUACUGGCCUGUAAAGGCCCACGCUAUCGGCUCUGGAGCGGAAGGUGCUUUCAGCAACCUCAAGGAAAGCUAUACGGAGGAGCUGACGAUGCAGGAGGCAGAGACACUCGCCAUUAGCACUCUCAAGCAGCAUAUGGAGGAGAAACUCACUAGCAUUAACGUGGAACUGGCGAUUGUCACGCGCGAAAAAGGCUUCCACGUCUGCUCUGCGGAAGAGCUCGAGGUCGUGAUCGGUCGGCUGUAG